GUAAUAAUAUGGCGUCGGAUAUUGAAAAAUUGUUUUUCUUGGACGUGUCGUAGACAGAGGUGAAUUUCUUUUCAAUCUGCAUGGUAGUUUUCACCUCGAAAAUGCAACAUUUGUGAUGUUUUAUUUGUUCGCUAAUAUAGUAAGAUAUUCUGGAGCUUAUUUUCCGCUCAAAAUAUCCGUUAAUGCUUCGGGAAUUCAUCGACAAUUUUCAGCGAGCGAAAUCGGACGGAUUGGAAGUCAUCUUUGUCGUCUUCGAGAAACCACGGAAGAAAAAUAACUUGAAAUUUGUAAAAUGUUUAUUAAAAUAAAUGCAGAUUAUUUUAUCAAUUGCCAACAGAGGAUGGACAUAUCUUUUCCUGUUUGAGUUCUCACUUCAAUGCCAAAUUUCGCCCGAAUCCAGAGUCAUCUCCAUUAGAAAGUGAGGGUGCGGUGCGUCGCAUCAAAAAUGAACCAGUUCCCCUUCUUUACCCCCGAUGGAUAUCGGGGAUUUCCACCAAACCAACCCGUCAAUCCGCACGUAUUGCCUCCCGCUACGCCGACCAACACGCCGCCAGCCCCCUCCGCUAUGUUACUAACCACCGCCCCGCUGCCCAGCGAUUUACCGGAGUCCCUGCCGUUCAUCUAUACCCCUUCCAAACAUCACCAAAUCCUCCAGGUUUCCCAGCAAGAUAAAUCAUCUGAUGAAGAGGACAAAAUGCAAGAAGACGCUGACAAUACUUCAGAAGAAGAAAACAACUCCAGCUCCAGCAACAGUUCCGCCGAGGAGCAGGAUUCGGACAACGACAGCCAAUCAGAAGCGGCGGCUGCCUCAGGCUCCGCCUCCGACUCCAAUAAACCGUCGGCCAGCGAUUCGGACUCUAGUAGCCAAUCGGAGAACGUGAGCUCGGACUCGGACGAGAAAUCCGAGGACAAUUCUGAUGUUGAUGUUGACGACGAAGACGAUGAUGAAGAUAAAAAUGGCGAUGAUGACGAUGACGACGAUGAUGAUGAUAAAGAAGAAGAAAGCGAAGAAGACGAAGAGGAAGACGACGAAGAGGAUUACGACAGCGAUUCUAAAAGCAAAAAGCAACGGGGUGGUUCAAGAAGAACUGCUACCCGACGAGACAGCUUGAAAGAGUUUUGGGAAGAGGACCCUGAAAUGUAUGGAGUAAGAAGAUCAGGAAGAUCACGCAAAGAAGUGGAACGUUUCCAAGUUACGAAAGUUGAAAGUGAGGAAGACGAGAAACCAAGGAAACGAAGACCGAGCACAUCGGGAGGAAGCUCAGGAAAGUCGAAGAGGAAAGGAUCGGUUUUCUCUCUGAUGAGCAGGAAAAAGGCGUGGUCGAGUAGCAAACUGAGCGACACGUCGGAAGAGGAGAGCAGUGAGUCGGACUUUGAGCCGUCGUCGAGACGUCGAGCGCCACGAGCCAAAGCUAAACCCAAACCUAGGACACAGUCGAAGGGGAGACCAAGCAGAACGCAAGCUCCAGCCAGGAGGAGGAACGUCACACAGCGGAAACGGAAAGGAUCGUCGAGCUACGACGAUUCCGACAGCGACGCCAAAGCCAAGAGACAAAGCAGCCGACGAAUUGCCAAAUCAAAUAUCAGUUAUAAAGAGAAUGAGAGUAACGAAGAAACUGAUUCAGAUGAGAUCAUUGAGGCCACCGGCGGACCAGACGAGAAUGAUAAUAGUGAAAUCAUUGAGAGGGUUCUUAAACACCGCGUCGGACGCAAAGGAAAGACGGGCGGCAUGACAACGACUUACGCCGUUGAGGCGGAUGGUGACCCCAACGAGGAUGUUGACCCGAGCGAGGAAGACGCGGAGACCCAUUAUCUCAUCAAGUGGAAGAACUGGGCUCACAUCCACAACACGUGGGAGUCGGAGACGAGCCUGAAGGAGCAGAAAGUCCGAGGGAUGAAGAAACUGGAGAAUUACAUCCAACGAGAGAAGGAGAUACAAGAAUGGAAGAAGAUGGUGACUCCAGAAGACAUUGAAUACUUUGAGUGUCAAUAUGAGAUGACGUUGCAGUUGUUUGAACAGUGUCAACUUGUGGAAAGAGUUAUAGCUCAGACGGUUUCAAACCACUCUGGGCAGACAGACUAUCUGUGUAAGUGGCAGGGUCUUCCAUACUCAGACUGCACCUGGGAAGACGGCGAGCUCAUCUCCAGGAACUUCCAGAGCUGCAUCGAUGAAUUCCUGAGGAGGAACAAGUCGCAGAAGAUUCCCUCCAAGAGCGCCAAGGUUUUGCGACAGCGGCCCAGGUUUGUCGCUCUGAAGAAGCAGCCUUCUUAUGUCGGAACCGAAGAGCUGGAGCUCCGCGAUUACCAACUGGACGGGCUGAACUGGCUGGCCCACUCCUGGUGCAAGAAAAAUAGCGUCAUCUUAGCUGAUGAGAUGGGCUUGGGUAAGACUAUCCAGGUCAUCACGUUCCUGUCAUACUUAUACAACGCCCAUCAACUGUAUGGUCCCUUUCUCAUCGUGGUGCCGCUCUCCACUAUGACCUCAUGGCAGAGGGAGUUUGCAGCCUGGGACCCAAACAUGAAUGUUGUUGUGUACAUUGGGGAUCUCAACAGUAGAAACAUGAUCCGUGAGCAGGAAUGGUGUCACAACAGCAACAGGAAUCGCUUAAAGUUCAACACAAUCCUGACGACAUACGAAAUUCUCCUUAAAGAUAAGUCUUUCCUUGGUAGCGUUCCCUGGGCCGUCCUGGUCGUCGACGAAGCUCACCGCCUCAAGAACGACGACUCCCUCCUCUACAAAACCCUCAAAAACUUUGACACCAACCACCGAUUGCUGAUCACUGGAACUCCUCUGCAGAACUCCCUCAAGGAACUCUGGUCUCUGCUUCAUUUCAUCAUGCCAGAAACCUUUCCCCACUGGGAGAGAUUUGAAGCGGAGUUCUCCUGCGCAGACAAGAACGGCUACGCCAACCUCCACCGAGAACUGGAGCCGUUCCUCUUAAGACGAGUCAAGAAGGACGUGGAGAAAUCUCUGCCGGCCAAGGUGGAGCAAAUACUGAGAGUUGAGAUGAGCACUACGCAGAAACAGUACUACAAAUGGAUCCUGACCAGAAAUUUCCGAGCCCUGACUAAAGGAGUCAAGGGUAGCACAACCAGCUUUGUCAACAUCGUCAUGGAACUCAAGAAAUGUUGUAAUCAUCCGCAUCUCGUCAAACGACCGGGAGAUGGAGAAGAAGCAGAUGACGAACAGUAUCAACAAGCGGUUAAGAUGAGCGGGAAGCUGGUGCUUCUAGACAAGCUCCUCUUCAGACUACAUGAGAGAGGCCAUCGCGUGCUCAUCUUCUCACAGAUGGUCCGUAUGCUGGACAUCUUGGCUGACUACUUACGCUACAAACACUUCCCCUUUCAGAGAUUAGAUGGAUCGAUUCAAGGGGAGCUACGCAAACAGGCGCUGGACCACUUCAAUGCCGAGGGAUCACAGGAUUUCUGCUUCCUGUUAUCCACAAGGGCCGGUGGUCUGGGCUUAAAUCUUGCCACAGCAGACACGGUUAUUAUCUUUGACUCGGACUGGAAUCCACAGAAUGACAUCCAGGCUAUGGCUAGGGCUCAUAGGAUCGGCCAGAGGAACCAGGUGAACAUCUAUCGGUUGGUCACAAAGAGCAGUGUUGAGGAGGACAUUGUCGAGAGGGCCAAACGGAAGAUGGUGCUCGAUCAUCUGGUCAUCCAGAGGAUGGACACGACGGGACGGACGGUGCUGUCCAAAUCAUCCGCCUCAGCCAGUCACACACCCUUCAACAAGGAGGAACUGGCAGCUAUUCUCAAGUUUGGAGUUGAAGACCUCUUCAAGGAAGCUGAUGGCGAGGAGUCCGAACAACAGGAGAUGGAUAUUGAUGCCAUCUUGGAGAGAGCAGAGACGAGAGAAGCUGAAGACAAUGGUGGAGCAGGGGAAGAACUCCUCUCUCAGUUCAAGGUUGCCAAUUUCUCCUCCAUGGUCGACGAUGAGGAGAUGGAGGCGGUUGUCGAGGAUACGGGCAAAGACUGGGAGGACUUGAUCCCCGAGGCUAACCGUCUGAAAGUGGAGGAAGAUGCGAAACAGAAGGAGCAACUCCAGCUGUAUCUGCCUCCGAGAGUCCGCAAGCAAGUCAACAGGAUGACCUACCAAGGCAGUGACUCAGAGGCCUCCGUGACACGUAAGAAGCGUACCAAGCGUUCGCGCUCCUCCAGUUCAAGCAGCGAGACGGAUGAAAGCGACACGGAGAAGAAAACCAAGAAACCGCGGGGUAGACCACGGACGACGCGGCGGGACGGUGUGCACGGUUUCACUGAUGCCGAAAUCAGAAGAUUCAUCAAGAGUUACAAGAAAUUUGGUGAACCGCUAACAAGAUUGGAAGCCAUCGCCGGUGAUGCCGAGUUGCAGGAGAAGUCCCAAGCUGAUCUGAUGAAGCUGGGUACCAUGCUGCAUGAUGGAUGUAAGAGGGCCAUCGAGGAGUAUGAGGAACGCUUACGAGAAGAAGCUGACUUUGAUGGCAAGAAGAGAGGGGCUACACUGAAGAUAUCCGGAGUCACCAUCAACGCUCCGUCACUUCUGAAACAUGAAGAGGAGUUUAAAGCGUUGGUCCAGACCAUACCAGCCGAUCCUGUCCAGAGAAAGAAAUACCAGCUGGAGUGCCGAGCCAAGGUGGCUCAUUGGGACGUGGACUGGAGCGUGGAUGAAGACUCCAAUCUACUGAAGGGCAUCUACGAGUACGGCAUGGGCAGCUGGGAGGCUAUCAAGAUGGAUCCAGAACUCAACCUUCACGAUAAGAUAUUAUUACCGGACCCUCAGAAGAAACCUCAAGGGAAGCAACUCCAGACGAGAUGCGAGUAUCUCAUCAAACUCCUCAAGAAACAACGAGACAAAGAGGAACUCAUAGCUGAGCAACCAAAGAAAACGCGGAAACCCAAAGACACACCAGCAGCAGCAACACCACCGGCCCCCGUCAAACGCGAGCCCAAGACCAAACCCAACAACCGGAAGAAAGCAGCGCACAACGAAGACACCACCGCCAAGAAAACCGCCAAGAAGGGAAGGAAAGGCGCUCGGAAGAAAACCGCCGACAACGGGAAAGAAGAGAAGGAGAAUAAGGAACAAGGAGAGAGUAAACGCAGGAAGAAGGUCAAGACGGAAGAACCGGAAGAAGAAGGCGAGAUUGUUGACGACGAGCCAGAAACUAAGAAAGAGAAAAAGGGUAAAGAUAAGACAGACACCAAAGGACCCAAGAAGGGUCAUAAGGAGCUUCCCCCUAUGCACAUCACCGCCCAACGAAAUCCAGUCUUCAUUGAUCCAACCGGGGAACUCGACGAAGCUACAUUCAGUGCCUGUAAGGAAAAGAUGCGACCAGUCAAGAAGGCCCUGAAACUCUUAGACAACCCUCCCGAGGAAGUCUCCGAGAAGGAACAGGUCAAUCACACCAGACAGUGCCUGCUGAAGAUCGGCGACCACAUCGCCGAUUGCAUCUUAGACCUGAAAGAUGCCGAUAAGAUCCAUGAAUGGAAGGGUUACCUGUGGACGUUCGUCGCCAAGUUUACGGAGUAUGAUGCUAAGAAGUUGUACAAGCUCUACAGACAUGCACAGAGAAAACGAGAUGACGAACGGGAGGAGGCAAAGCAUGCAGCUGGAGGCAAUCAACAAGGUCACAAGCCCCGCCCCCAAGAGUGGGCGGGGGGCCCCAAACCCAGAGAGGGCUGCUACCCAGGUGGGGGGCAGACCCAGGGCUACAGCCACCCCCACGGGGUCAAGAGACCCCACCCCAGUGGGGAGGGGCAGACAGACAGACCCAGGGGGGAUCGUGACAGAUAUGGUUCUGGAGAUACAGCCGCUGCUUACAGUCGCCCCCACCAAUAUGAUAACCAUCGAUUUGGAAACAGCUACUCCAGAGACAGAGAAGACGGCAUAUCCAGAUACAACAAUGACAACAAGCGGGACAGAGACAAUCCCUCCGGGCGACCCUACCACGGGAACAGAGGGGAGGAGCACAGACGACGGAACAGCGACAAGUCGGACAACUCAACACACAGCCAGCACCAGUCUGGUAGCCGGGACGACCGUUUCCACCAUUCACACAUCGACAGCAAGCGGAGAAAGGGGGGAUCGCGGGAACGCGACAGGGAGCGCUCGGAUCGGGGUGAUCACCACCGGUCGUCUGAUUGGUCGGAUCACAGAUCGGACAGGCACAGGGAACAUCGGCAAGACUCGUGGUCCAGCGGCGACCAUAGCAGGUAGCCACGGCUUGGUUACCAGCUAACAAACUCUCAUCCGUUUACAUGUAUGCUGGUACCCACCGAUCUCAACCACUGGUAUAGGCUGAUUGGCCGUUGACAGAAUGCAGCGAAGGAAGUCCAAAGGAUUGUGGGUGCACUAAUUCGUCAAUUGAUGACCUCAUGAAUACAUUACCAGCUUGGCAGCCAAUCACAACGCUGCAUUUUGACCUGCUGUGGAUAUCAUCCAAUCAGCUUGUAGCAGCAUGUCAGUCUGUGGUCGCUUGGUGGCGGUGUUGUAGUCGAUAACUUGUGACAGAUCACAAGCCCAUCAUAAGCCCAUCAGAAACCCAUCACAAGCCCAUCAUAAGCCUAUCACAAGUCCGGUCAUAAGACAGGAACAACCGAAUGCCUUGCCACAGAUCAUUUAACCACUUCACGCUGGGAUUAUUUUUGCCGAAAAUUUGGAUUUUCACAAAAAAAUGCAAAAUUGUCCUGCCAACUUCUGAUAUACAGCCA